AUGACAGCCCCCGCCCCCAACUCACAGGCCUCGGACCGCCCCCCGUCGCCCGCACGCUCCGGGGACGCACACAGGUGCCAAUGGGUCGACUGCACACUCGACUUCAGCGACCCCGAGGUACUCUACAACCAUCUCUGCAACGACCACAUCGGACGCAAGAGCACCAAUAACCUCUGUCUCACAUGCAAGUGGAAGGACUGCACCGUCACAUGCGCAAAGCGCGACCACAUUACCUCCCACAUGCGAGUACAUACUCCCUUGAAGCCCCACAUCUGCGAAAUAUGCAAGAAAUCCUUCAAGCGUCCCCAGGACCUGAAGAAGCACGAGAAGAUCCACACGGAGGAGCACCACCAGCAGCACAAGCACUCGAAAGCGAUCACCGUCCAGGAUCCGGCCUACGUUUCCCGCGUCCGCGGCAGCUCAGUCUCGCGCGCCCCGGAGGACUACUCGAGCAAGCACCUCGACGUCCCCUCUGCCCGCAUGCCCUCUUCCCGCUCAUCCUCCGAUGGUACGUGGGAUGAGCGCGGCCGAAUGCGUCCCGUCUCACACCAUACAGGAGGCUCGCACUACGUACAUACGCCCUCGCCCGAGAUAACGUCCCCGAUGGACCAUCGCGACCACCACCGCCGCAGCCACUCCCACCACACGCCACCCAGCCACAUGUUCAUGCCGAACGACUCUCUGCCACAGUGGGAGGUGCUGCGUCCUGAAGCUCACGCCUCCGCUGGGCAGAAACGCUCCCACGAUUUCAUGGACGACUUCUUUACCGACAUGAAGAAGCGACGUGUCAGCCCGUCAUAUGAUCCUCGCAUGGCGGAGAGACUGAACCAGCUGGCGGCGUAUCAGAGCCAGGACGUCGGGUUCAACCCGCGCUCUGUGUCGUUCGAUAUCCGCACACCCGAGGAGCUGUCUGCUGUCAACGAGUUUUUGGUUACUUUGGGCCGGAGCGUCGCUGCACGGACGGUGCCAAUCUCGCAGCAGCAACAACAGCAACAGCAGCAGCACAUGGCCCAGCAGCAGGCCCCAGCGCUCGACGACUUCACAGCUGACCUCUUCGAUACCGCUAGCCUCAAUCAGCUUGGGCUGGCAGGCCUGCCGGGUAUGCCCCCACCCUCGCCGCCCAAUCACUUUGCGACGUCGAAUGGCCAGGGCAUGCAUCGCUCGUCCAUGUCUUCGUCGUCCUCUGGCUACAGCGUGUACCCCAACCUCGAGGACGCCUUCCCCAUCCCGCCGAUGCCUGACUACCAGCAUGCACCCAUCUCACAUCACUCCAACUCCCGUCGCGCUUCCGCGAGCAAGUACUCGAACAUGGGCGGCUACGGCAACUACCAGCACCAGCCGACGCCGCCGCUCGAGAUCAGCUCGCCGCAUUCGUCGGUGAGCACGCCGCUCACUUCGACACCGCCCCACCUACCUGAGCACCAGCACCUGCCGGAUCAUCAGCUCCUCGCCGACUUCGACUACCUGCGGCCCACACGCGGCCCCGCGCCGGCGGCGCACCUCGCAGCCGAUUAUGCGGCGGCGGGCAAGGCCAUGCGCACUAUCGUGCCGCUCAAGUCGGUCCCGCCUGCCCGUCCUGCCACCCGCGAUGCGGCGGAGGUGCAGGAGGCGCCUGCAGACCGCACCUCGCGUCGCAGCGUCUCGCCGGGCCCGCGCUCGGGCGGCUUUUCGCGCCUGUACCCGCUGCUCACGUCGGGCGACGCGGACCUCAAGCUGCCCCCGCUCGCAUCGCGCGGCGAGGGCCGCGAACAGGGCGUCAGCCUGCCCUCGAUCCGCGACCUAUCCUCGUCGACGCGCGGCUCGCCCGGGCGUGCCUACCCGCGCCUGUCAGACGUCGACGCUGGGCGCGCGGGCGGGAGCGGGAGUACCCCGGGCCCCGAGAAGCGCGCGUCGUCCGAGGAGCUUGCGCGGGAUAUGGGGCGCAUCGACCUCAAGGCGGGCGAGAAUAGCGUCGCGGACAAGAGGCGGCACGCGAUGCUGAUCCGCGAGCUGCUGGUGAGCAUCAACGAGCAGUACAAGCGGCGGCUGGCGGAGGAGCGCGAGCGCGAGCGGAUUGUGGAGGACGAGAGCGAUGUGGAGAUGCGCACGCCGCGGAGCGAGCAGCUGGAGAUUGACGAGCUGGAGGCGUCGCCCAUGGUGAGGCCGCGGGAUGUGGAGAUGCUGGCUGCAUGA